AUGACUACCUGCAGUGUGGUCAGCACACCAGCGCGGUUCGCCAGCUGCCUGGCCAACUUUCAAAUGGACGAGCUGCUGCUGCUGCAGAAGUCAGUGAUGAGAAUGGAGGAGCAGGACGAGGCCAGCAUGCCAUCUCCGCAGGCCAGUGAAUGUCCAGAGCAGCGGGCGGAGACCGAUGGACCGCCAUCGCAAUCGCAGCUGCCGGAGCGAAUGGCCUUGAUGGCUGCAGAUCGGGGUGAGCACGAUACCACCGGCUCCAGUGGUCCCUGGCACUCGCAACCACAUCCACAUCCGCAUCCGACCUCCUGGAUGGAACCGAAGCCCUCCAAGUUGCAGACUCUCUUCCAGAUCAGCAUCACGGCCCUGGCCUUUCUCUCCUUCGGCGGCUAUCUGCUCUGCCUGAUCGUGCAGGGCAUCAAGAGCAAGGGCACCACCUACUUCCACCCGGUGGCCACGGCCACCACCACCUCGUCCAAUGGCAAUGUGAAACGCAUCAAGGUGUACAGGCGCAGUAAGCGCAACUCUGCAGCGCCCAAGAGAACCGGCACCUAUCUACCCAUCCUGCUAGCGCAGGACUACGCCUCGUACAGGAAAGCUGUGCGGGAUCGCGGAUGGAGCAUGCUCACCUAG